AUGUCAACUAAAAGUACCGUGCACUAUUAUGAUGAUGGAGAUUUAUUAAUAGUAGUUCAAGACACCACUUUUCGAAUUCAUCGAAACAUAAUAGUAUUAUCAUCAAAAGUAUUUCGGGAUAUGUUUUCUUCAUCGAUUUUCGAAAAUUUAUUAUCAUUUCUUUAUCCACACAAAUUUAUUGCAAUUACAUGGGCAAAUGUUUCAGAUUUUUUACAACUUGCAGAUAAAUACGAAAUCGAUAGCGUAAUAGAAGCUUCAAAAUUGUUCCUCGAAACCUAUUUUCGAGAACAACCCAGCUUGGCGUUUGUUUUGGCAGAUAGAUUCAGAUUUCCAUACGUAUAUAAAGAAUCAUCAAAACUUGUUCUUGAUAUACUUCCAACAUUUCAUCAGUCACAAUAUUUUCAUCAACUUACACCUCAAACAGGAUUACUUCUCUUAAAUCGAUACUUUGAAUAUAUAACAUCAAUUGGAAACUUAAAAAAUUUUGAUGCACAUUUAACUUUUGAACAUACUUGUGAAUCAGCCCAAUACGGUCCGGAUACGAGAUUAACACAUGUUAAACACUUUAGACAAGAUUUUUCGAAUAGAAUAACCAAAGCACAAGUUCAUCCAAUUUUAGCACCAUCGAAAUGUUUUAAAUUAUUUUUUGAAAUGAAUCAACAAAAUCCAAAUUUAAGUUUAUGUGAAAAUUCAUUUUUUGAAAACCAUUUAGCAAAACAAUUUUCUAUACAUUUUGGAAAAUUUGAACCUUUGGAGAGUAAAAAGAAUAGAAAUGGCGCAACAAAUUAUAUAUUUAUUGAAAUGAAAGUUUAA